AUGUUAUCGAUUAUAAGGACUCCAAUAGUAAUGCGCUCAUCACUACCAACUAUUUUACAAAGAAGACUCAUUUCAAUAAAUACAAAGGAAACGCCAAGUCCACCAAAAUUGCCAAAAAAGGAUCAGGAAGAGUUCGAAAGAUUACAAAGGAUAGCCAGUUCACAAGAAGCUAUAGAAGAAUAUAAUAGGAAAAUUAAGGAUGAUGUCACCAAGGAAAGUCUAAAUAAUGAACUUCUCACCAAGAAUGAUAUUGGAGCAUUCUCACCAGAAUUUUCGAAGACUAUACCUGAGUUUGAAGGUGAAGUGAACCCUAAAACUGGCGAAAGAGGCGGACCAAAACAAGAUCCAUUGAAGUAUGGAGAUUACUCUUUCAACGGCAGAGUCACAGAUUUCUGA